CGGAAACAUCGCACCCCAGAUAUGACAUCUAGCACGAAUAGACCACCAGCCUCGUCGUCAACAGGUGCGCAUCCUGCGGCGGAGAAGUCAUUGUUCGAGCAGCAGCGCGAAAUACUACUUCAAGAGAUUGGUCUCAGCUUUGAGCAUGUGUUGGCGAAUAUAAAUAAGCUUAAUCGAUCGCUGGAGGGUGUUAUUGCUGUUGGCAACGAAUUCAGCUCCGUCGAAGCGCUAUGGUCACAAUUUGAGAAUGUGAUGGCUAAGGACCCGGAUGCAGAAGGUCAGGCCGCUGAAGAUGAUGAGGCGGAUGAAAGAGAUAAAGAGGAAGACACGGGAGCGGAGCCAGAUCGUGGGACUGGGCGAUGAAGAAACAUUUCACGACGAUAUGGGAGUUUAGGUGAAUGAUACCCGAUGAUCACAUCUCAAGGAGCUGGAAAAAUCACAAUACGUCUAUUUGGUCCUUUCCGUCUACUAAACAAGUCAUGAUACAUAAGAAAUGCGGCUCCCAUUGCCAGCAGAAGACCCCAGUGCUCAUCAAGGAGUCGUAUGAUGGAAAGCCAGAGUUGGAGAAUUUAUAAAGGAACGAGUACGGAACCAGCCAGGCUAUCCGCUUUUUGCGGCUCUUUCCUGUGGCCCCGAAGAAUUAUGGGCAGCACUCGGUAAUAUGCAGUCGUAGGUCAUGUUGUAUCAUACAGUUCGUAGCGCGAGACAUCAAAGAAAUCGGCAGUUUCUCUUCUUCUUCCUCAUGACAAUGGGUGUCUGACCUGGGGGCAUACCCCCAGA